GGUUAUAUAAGCAGCCAAUCGGUGAUACUCCGGCAGAUUCAUGAUUGUUUCCCUCCAAGCUGCCUUUGCUAUUUCAAGCUUCCAUGGAAAUUUACAAAACCUCCCACCACACAUUUUCACACAAUUGGAGCAAGCCAGAAUUGAGAUCAAGGUUUCAAGGAGCUUUGGGAUAAAAAAGGCUAAAGAAAAAGUCAUGUUUAUAGGUCUGUGUGGAGGAAUUUGUGCUGGCAAGAGUACAAUCGCGCAGUAUCUGGUAGAGCACCAUGGUUUCACUCACCUUUACCUCCGACCAGAGCAAGGCAGCAAGAACUCUCCUCAAAUCACCAAUGGCGUUACAGCUGAAGAAUCGGAAGAUGUCGAAGAGAAUAGCAUAACUUUAAGACAAAAGUCAAAACCUCAAUCCCAAUCCCAAUACACCUUUACAAGCACCACCGACCUCCUCGACUUCGUAACCAAGCGCUGGCGCGAACGAUGGGUAACAACCAAUAUCUACACCGAAUCCAUCCUCGACGCCCUUCUCCGACGCCCCUUCUUCAUCCUCGUCAGCGUCGACGCCCCAGUCUCCAUCCGCUGGAAACGCUUCCAAGCACGCCCCAACACACCUUCCACCCCAAUCACUCUCGAAGAAUUUCUCCUCCGCUCAGACCAGCAUCUCUACGAUCCCGAACACGGUCUCCAAUCCCUCAUAUCCCGCGCUACCAUUCGUCUCCUCAAUACCUCCUCCGAUCUCGCCCACCUAUACGCUACACUCGGCAAGCUCGAUUUAACAAACGAAGACCGUCUUCGACCAAGCUGGGAUCAAUACUUCAUGCAAUUAGCUUCCCUAGCCGCUCAGCGCAGUAACUGUAUGAAACGCCGCGUGGGUUGCGUCUUGGUCCGCGAAAAACGAGUCAUCUCAACCGGCUACAAUGGCACACCCAGAGGACUACUCAACUGCGGAGAAGGAGGCUGUUCCCGCUGCAACGAAGGACAAGGCUCUGGAGUAGGACUCGGCACAUGUCUCUGUCUGCAUGCAGAAGAAAACGCACUUCUCGAAGCCGGUCGCGAAAGAGUCCGAGAAAACGCCAUCCUAUAUUGCGAUACCUGUCCCUGCCUAACAUGCAGUAUCAAGAUCGUACAAGUCGGAAUUUCAGAAGUCGUUUACAGCCAAGGAUACAGCAUGGAUGCGGAAACGGCAGCAGUAUUCGGCCAGGCGGGAAUUAAACUAAGACAGUUUAUUCCGCCGGCAAAUGGUUUAAUCCAUCUAGAAAAACAGUCACUAUAUUAGCAUUUUCAAGCGAUGAUACCCCAAUAAUUUAUAAAUAGCAUAGCGAAGGAUGGGAAAAGCAUGUGAGAAUACAUACACACACGCAUAUACCACUAUUCAGACAUACGUAGUAUACAAAAGACACCCUAAUUUCCAAUUCCUAAUUUUUAGUUUUCAAGUAUAUAUAUAUUCGCAGCACCAACA